UAUGGAAGGAAACGCAAGUGACAAAAAUUACGAGGAGACGAUUUAUUCAAACAAUUGUGACAUUAAGCCUAAUGAAGUAUCAACCAAUACCUCAUUGACAAAUUAUGGAAAAGACUAUUUGGUAAUCGAUCAUGGAGAGCAGCUACAACAACACUAUGAAACAAGUCAACGGGACUUGCAGAACCAGGUACAAAUGAUUCGUGCUGAGUUAACGACCCUUCGUGAAGUGGUUACAGGGUUAGUCUUUAUUCUGGGACCGCUGCUGGCAGGAUGGACCGCUGUCUUGCUGACAAGGAUGUUUGGAUACAGAUCAUACGAGACAUACGCAAUUUCCGUGAACAUUGGAAUGCUAGCAGCUGUUCUUCUUUGUGAUGGUCCACCAUUCUUGAAUGCCUUUCAAAGGCUGUUUUAUCACGUGGAACCUCCGGCAGGUAACCUCUUCCCACAAGAGUAUGUAGGAAAGACCAAUCCAUCAUCAUCAUCAGAGAGUGUCCACGUUACCGAACCCGAUGUCUUUGACGAUGUUACUGAGAGUGAGAGUGAGAAUAUUCCCGCAGACUCGGUUGAAAAUCUCAGAAGCGCUGUUGACGAUGUGGAAGACCAAGAAGAUAGUCCGGAGAUUGAAUAAUUCAUUAAAAUAUUUUGUUACAUAAUUAAAUUGUCAACAAUAGAA